UGUUUCACACACCUCACUCCCCUUUUUUUCCAUGGAAAACCCCACGGGAACCUUUCCCCAAUAUAAUCUUUCCCCCACGGGAUCCACACCUGUUGGCAUUCUCACAAACAAUCGCAACAUUGUUUCAAUAAUAUAUAGAACUUUUCUUGCAGCUCUGGUAUAAUUAAGCUUUUUUGAGGCCUUGCUCACAAUUCGUUCUGUGGCAGCACAAUGACCAAACGAUACACUGUAUGUGAGGCUCUUGAUCAUGACAAUGGUGAGGAGGAGAGAGGCCAGGAAACUGACAGUGAAGAUACAUUAGGAGGAAAUGUCAGAAGUUGAAGAUGACACAGAAUAUGAUCCAGACCAAGAGACAUCCGAUGUGGAACAAUCCAGGGAUGAGGAAGAGGGCCCUGCUGAUGUUGUUACAUUCUGGUCAAACAAUGGGAAUUUGUCCUGGUCUUCAUCCCCACCUGAGAGGAGAGGUCGGCUGAAAAUGUUAUCAGGAUGACCCCAGGGCCAACGAGAUACGCCAUAUCCUGGGUUGAUGACAUAAAAUCAUGCUUCGAACUGUUCCUGACAGAGUCAAUCAAAACCACUGUGAUAAACAUGACCAACUUGGAGCGGGGACGCGUUUACAAAGACAACUGAAAGGAGGUAGACCGGACAGACGUAAAAGCAUACGUGGAUCCAGAAACAAACCUACCACCAGUUUAUGGGAUGCAGAGUCUGGUCGGGCAAUUAUUAUUUACCUUCUCAAAUUGGCUUUGACAACCGUGAUACAAGACCAGGCCACUUUCAACAAGACAAGCUGGCAACUAUCAGAGGUUUGGCACAAGUGGGUGGAGCGCCUGCCACUCAUCUUUAACCCAAGUCCAGGCAUCACAGUGGAUGAGUGGUCGCUUUUAGGGGAGGCUGCCCAUUCAAACAGCACAUGCCAAGCAAACCGCCUAAAUAUGGAAUAAAGAUAUGGGCAGCAUGUGAUGCUAGGACACGUUAUGCCUGGAACAUGCAGAUUUACGUUGGGAAACCUGCUGACUGUGUUCCCGAAAGGUACCAGGGGAAGCGGGUGGUCCUGGAAGUGACUGCAGGUUUCCAGGGACACAACGUGACAAUUUCUUCACCUCAUGCUCUUGGUCAGGAGCUGCUCCCAAUAAAAAUGACCGUGGUGGGGACGGUCAGAAGGAACAAGCCUCAUUUGCCUCACAACCAAGGACAGGGAUUGUUUUUUCCCUCCAAGUUUGCCUUCACCGAUACAAACACUUGUGUCCUAAUGCCCGAGGGAAAAAGAAUGUGCUCCUGAUGACAACUCUGCGUAGGGAUGCCGCUGUGAGUACCAGGGAGGACAGGAAGCACAACCCUGUCCUGGAUUACAACAGGAACAAAGGGGGAGUUGACAACCUCGAUAAGGCAUGUUACUUUUUAUCUUAUGUCCUUUAUUUUUUCUAUUACCAGAUUGUUUUAUCUGCACCAUUAAAUGAAAUGUUGUUUGGUGAAAUGCUCAUUGAUUUUGAACAAUAUUGAGUCAAUUCUAUUAAUUUCAAUAUGUAAAUAUGUUUUAGAUGUGAUCAAUUAAAACAACACUGUUGCAAUUUCACGUUACUAUGCAAGACAUGAAGUAUCACUUGUAUGUACUCAUUAUUUUAUUCACUGAUUGUUGCACUUUUGCAGGUCACUGGCACAUACUCUUGUAAGAGGAUGACAGCACGUUGGCCCAUGGUGGUGUUCAACAUCAUAGACGUGUCGGUCUACAACAGGUUUGUGAUGUGGAUGGAGGUGAAUCCAGGGGAAUUUCUUCAAGAGGAUACUAUUCCUAGAAGAGUUGGGGAAAGCCAUGGUGGCACCCCUCAUUCAAAGGCACCAACAUCUUCCUCGAACACCAUCCUCUGCUGGAUUGGUGAGAGAUAUACAGAGAUCAGAAGCAAGAUCUCCGUCUGCCAGGGACAGAAGAGACAAAAGGAAAAAGGGCACUGGGUCAGCAGUGAUUGACAUGGAGAACAUGGAUGACACAUCGGGCUCCAGCUUUGAGGACAUGGGGGAGAUGCACCAGCGCAUGAAGGAGGAGGAAGAGGUGGCAGAGGAGGAGGAAGCAACUGAAGAGGAGACUGGAGAGGAUGGCGAGUUUCUGGGCAUGAAGGGUAUCAAGGGCCAGCUGGGGAGACAGGUGGCAGAUGAGGUGUGGCAAGCUGGAAAGCGUCAGGCUUCCAAAGCUUUCAACCUAUAUGCCAACAUAGAUAUUCUCCGGCCGUACUUUGAUGUAGAGCCUAUGCAAGUCAGGAACAGGUUGAUUGAAUCAAUGAUACCCAUCCGCAUGAUACAUUUUCCACAGAAGAUUGCUGGGGAGCUGUAUGGGCCCAUGAUGCUGGUGUUCACACUGGUGGCCAUCCUCCUGCAUGGAAUGAAGACAUCAGGAACAGUUAUUAGAGAGGGUACUCUGAUGGGCACAGCCAUAGGGACAUGCUUUGGUUACUGGCUGGGAGUUUCCUCCUUCAUAUACUUCCUGGCAUAUCUGUGCAACGCCCAGAUCACCAUGCUCCAGACCCUGUCUCUGCUGGGUUAUGGUCUUUUCGGACACUGCGUGGUUCUCUUUGUCACCUACAACGUCCACUUCCACUCCCUGUUCUACAUCCUGUGGCUGGUCGUAGGAGGGCUCUCCACACUGCGGAUGGUAAAUAAGCAGGUGGCUGCUCUCAUCUCUCGGACCGUGGGACCGACCCCGCGACUCGUCCUCUGUGGAACACUGGGUGCUCUGCAUAUGCUCUUUCUGCUCUACCUGCACUUCGCUUAUCACAAGAUUGUUGAAGGUAUCCUGGACACAUUGGAAGGCCCCAACAUGCCCCCCAUCCAGAGAGUGGCUAGAGAUUUGCCUGUGGUGGCCACCGCUGCUAUGAAUGCUGUGAAUGCCACAGUGAAGACCCUUGGUGUUAUCCUGCAGUCACAGUGAUGGUGUGUGUCCAACAUCAAAGAUGAUACCACAGGCUCAUGAGCCUGAAUUCCACAGUGGUGGUGUUGUGUAGGUAAUACAGACUGAAGUGAAGGUCAAAGACCAUUAUGGUGGCUGGUUAUAGUUGACAUUUGACCUUCAUCAUUAAACAUGAACAUUGUCUCAGUAAACACAUCACCAUCGGUUCACAACAACUCUUACAACUUUCAUUCUCCAUGGGAAAUGACAUGCUUACCCUAGUUGUUUAUAUUGUAUCUAAUCAAAAGAACUAAAUGGAGUGAGGUGUUAUGCUGGUGCUGUAACUCUUUUCAAAUGACAGCAAAUUGCCUUUUCAUAAGGGUCUUGUAUUUGUUAAAGCAGCAUGAGUGCACUAAGAUUCCCAGCUGUUUGCAUUUGUACUCACGUUAAGACUAAUUCAUCUCCAACUCGACACUUUCUCACCUCUUGUAGGCUUUGUUACACGGGUUACGGCGAUAACAUCAAUGGAUGUUUUAACAUUCUAGACGUUCAAUGGGAGGAAGGUUCUAUAGGAAUGUGUGGUGCCUUCUAUUGUUUUUCGAAGGAAUUAUUAUUAUCAUGUAUGAUAUGGGGUAAAUUAGAGUUUAAUCUCUUGUUUUACACAAUGCACAUCCAUUGUCUGUCAUUUUAAUAACCUAACCAGAACAAAUAACAAAAAAUGCAGUUGACAUGUCAUAUGAGAUAUGUAAUAGUGCGUUAUCUUAUGAAUAUCGUUCCUUCUAAGCAGCUUUUGUUUUGUGCAUUAUUUGUACUUCCUAACAACAUUGUUUUUGGGUGGGAUGCAAGGUGACCUCUUUUUUAAAAAUUUUACAUGUGAAAAUGUAUUUAUAGGGUUAUUGUACAGAAAGAUACAAUAGAAAUAAACUUUAUCGACCUAA